AUGUCUUUUCCUUUGGAUUUAAUUACGGCAGCUUAUGCUGCUACUAUAGCUGCUGGUGGCAUAGUUGGAUAUGUAAAGGCUGGUAGUGUUCCCUCUUUAGCCAUGGGUGUUGCUUGCGGUACACUGAUGAUGUUUGGAGCAUUUCAGAUGGGCCAAGAACCCAAAAAUGUCACAUUAUCCUUAGUGACUUCUGCUGUUCUAACUGGUGUCAUGGGAUACCGUUUUUCUAACAGUGGUAAAUUCAUGCCAGCUGGUUUAGUUGGUGCAUUGAGUUUAUUGAUGGUUCUGAGGCUCACCUAUAAAGUUAUGACAAACUAA